AUGGCAAAGUCGGGUCGUCUCCAAUUCUAUGGCACGAUAUUCAUGACCACACUCAUCUUCUUUUUCGGGAUCGACUAUUUCCUUCGAUCAUGGGUUUCAUCGUCUCAAUCAAUUGGCCGGCAAGACAAGAUCACGUCGUCUCUCGGGCAUGGUCGCAAGCAGUUCAAGGCUCCAGCGAAGAACCCAUGGGCUGAGCUUGAUGAAGUGGAAUCCUCCCAGAUCUACACUUUCCUCCACCAAGGCUCCGACCCCUUGAAUCUAACCACUUCGCCAAAGGCUGACCGAAACAUCAUCUACCUGAUCGAGACACUGCGCCCGAACAAGUCUGAGGUGGUUCAUUAUCUCGACAACAAUGGACCUCGACCCGAUCGUUGGGCUAGAGUCGCUGUUCUUGAGUCGCACGAGGACGACUCUUUCAUUACGGACUAUAUGGUUGGACCACUCCCCCCGUCAAAUACCACCAGCAUCAUUCCUCUUACUUACUGCCAUAAUUCCGGGAAAAACUGGGUCCAGAGCCCGAUAUCAGAUGUUUUUGGUCUCAUAUCAUGGGCUUCGGGAAUCGGUGAACGUGUGUCAGACAUUACCCAAGAACUCUUGGGAGCCACGGUAAACCGUCAGGAUCCAUCCGACCCCAAUGCUCUCGUAAUGGGAUGGAGACCUGCUCUGAUUGACUCUGGUCGUAUGGUUCAUUGGCUUGAGUUCUUCGGUGCGGGCGUCAGGUCCGAUGGGCGGUCACUUCUGCCACAGGGGCUGUAUGUCAAGCUUGACACACCUUCUACCAAUCCCAAAGAUUGGGUCACCGCAGAAUGGUUCUACAAUGGAGUCCUUUACGACAAUGAAACUGCGCUGCGAAAUGCAGUAAACUCCCCAACUUUUGAACACCUAAGUACCAACCCGGACGGCGACUGGACGAAUACUGAGGAUUUCGCGACCUCCAUUCCUGAAAGAAACAUGCCACCUCCGGUUUCAGUUCAACCAUAUGGUUCACGCUUCCAUCUUGACCGUGCCGAAUCUUACAUCUCGUGGAUGGGAUUCUCGUUCUACCUCUCCUCCAAUCAAGCAACCGCCCUUUCUCUCUUCGACAUACGCUUUAAUUCCACACGACUGAUCUAUCACCUUGGCCUUCAGGAGGCUUUGGCACAUUACGCCGGCGCUGAACCGCUUCAGUCUGGUCUAGAAUUCCUUGAUACUUUCUUCGGAAUGGGAAGUAUGAUGUUCAGCCUUGUCCCGGGGAUUGACUGCCCAGGUCACGCUGAAUACAUCGACAUGUCCUAUCACAAGGGUGGGAAAAUGUACACGAACAGAAAUGCAAUCUGUGUCUUCGAAUACACGUCCGAUGCUCCGCUGCAAAGGCAUACAUCUGCGUAUAGCGUCAGUGUGAGCAGAAACACCUAUCUUGUCGUUCGCAGUGUGAGCACUGUUGGGAACUACGAUUAUACGAUCGACUACAUCUUUUAUCUCGAUGGUUCUAUCGAAGUCAAGGUGAGAGCCAGUGGGUUUAUCUUCGGCGCAUUCCACGCAGAACCUCGUUCCUCCCCCUUGGCACGAGACGAGACUACAAACGAGUACGGUUACCGUAUUCAUCCAGCCGUACAUACAUCGAUGCACGAUCAUGUGAUAUCCUUCCGUGCCGAUUUUGAUGUCUGCGGGCCGAAGAACACGCUUGUUCGCACGUCCAUUGAGCCGCUCCAAAGAGCCUACCACUGGGAUAAACCAGAAGUCUCCGGGAUCAGGAACACAAUGCACAUGGUGCACGAGCCCCUCAAGAAGGAAACUGGCUUGGAUUGGCCCAAGAACGGAGCAGAGAUGUACCUGAUCACCAACCCCAACGCCACGAAUAAAUGGGGCGAGACGAGGGGAUACAGAAUCCUCCCUGGGACAGGCAUGGGCAACCCAACACACUUGACCAUCCUCAACUCUACCACACUCGGGCGUUCCGCCGCCUGGUCGACGUCCGACCUCUGGGUUCUGAAAAACCACCCCGAGACGGAACCCGCCUCCGCGCACCACCUCAACUACAUCGACCCCCUGGACCCACUGGUCGACUUCGAGAAGAUGGUCGACGGCGAGGGAAUCGAAGAAGAGGAUCUAGUGAUCUAUUUCAAUCUCGGCGGCCACCACGUUCCCAACAGCCAGGACAUCCCGAACACGCUUAUGCACACCAGUGCGAGCUCGGUCUUGUUCAUGCCGUUCAACUACUUUGACGGAGAUGUCAGCCGUGCCGUACGGCAGGGUGUCAGGAUCGACAGGAGACCGGAGCAGGCGAACAACGGUAAGGAUUCAGCCAAAGAGGACAUACGAAAACCCAGACACGUGCAGCGAUCGAGUGGCUCUCGCCAGAGCAUGAACAAGGGUGCCGACGGGGAGGUGGCAUACUUCGGCGCACACUAUACUGCGCCGGUGACGAUCGCACAGGAGAUGUUGUCGCCUGACCUCAGCCACUACAUGAAGGAGCGGGAUGACGGGGAGAACGACGGCUGGAAGACUGUCAGGAAUAAUGUCGGCGGCGGGCUGUUGGGGCUGUUCGUGGGGAAGCAGAGAGCUGGUGGUCAGGAUGAGAAUGAAGGAAGAAGUCGCUGGGAUUGGUAG